AUACCCUGAACCUUACGUGGUGCCUGUGGAUCCAACCCUCCUAUUCACCCUCGGGUUCCUAUUCCUCGUGUUGCUCUUUGUGCUGAUUCGGCUGGGUUGGUUGGGAGAAAGAGGAGGGAAUUCGGAUGGGAUAGGAGGAAGGGGUGGGAUAGGGGGAGGGGAUGGGGCUGGAAGCAGGGUUAUAGGAGGUGGAGCUGGCAGAGAGGGGAGGAGAGGAGUGGUGCUGGACAAGAGAACAGGGGUUGUUCUUGUGGCAGCUUACUGUGUGUAUGACGUGGCAAGCCUCCUGGCGCAUCGGAAGACCGAAUCCGGUGAAGAGCAAGUACUAGUGCGUUUCUUUGGUUUUGCCGACGAAGAAGACGAGUGGGUGUCAGCCCGUCUUUCCGUGCGCCCGCGCUCCCUUCCCUGCGAGGGCUCCGAGUGUGUCGCCGUGCUGCCUGGGGACGUGGUUCUCUGCUUCCAGGAAGCUUCCGACCAGGCGCUGUAUUUUGAUGCUGAUGUGCGGGACGUGCAGAGGAGGCGGCAUGACGUGAGGGGGUGUCGGUGCCGCUUUUGGGUGCGAUACCGGCACGACAACACUGAAGAGGUGGUGCCUCUGCGCAAGAUCUGCCGAAGGCCUGAGACAGAGUACAGAGUGAGGGCAGCACAGCAGGUGGCCAAGGCGGUGGGGGGAGGGGAGGGGAAGAAGGCGAGCGUGAAGCAGAGUAAAGGGAAUUAG